GUGCAAAUUCACUUUCGAGGAAAUUGAAACUCGUUUGUGCUAAGAAGCUUGAGCAAGAAGGUAUUGCAGAUAAAGUCUUCUUAGAGAUUAACAAAAAAAAACCCUAGAAAAUUGUUUCCAUCAUCAUCCAUGAGUCCGGACAACAAACUGCUUCCGAAGCGGAUCAUCCUCGUACGUCACGGCGAAUCCGAAGGUAACCUCGACACGGCUGCGUACACGACGACGCCGGAUCCCAAGAUCCAGCUAACGGAAUCCGGUUUGCUUCAGGCGCAAGAAGCCGGAGCUCGUCUCCACGCCUUGAUCUCAUCAUCGAACCCUUCUUCGCCGGAGUGGCGCGUGUACUUCUACGUUUCGCCGUACGAUCGGACGCGAUCUACGCUCCGGGAGAUCGGACGGUCGUUCUCGCGUCGCCGCGUGAUCGGCGUUCGAGAGGAAUGUCGGAUCAGGGAACAGGACUUUGGGAAUUUCCAGGUCGAGGAGAGGAUGAGAGAGACGAAAGAGGACAGAGAGAGGUUUGGCCGGUUCUUCUACCGGUUCCCGGAGGGUGAAUCCGCCGCCGACGUGUUUGAUCGUGUCUCCAGUUUUCUCGAGUCUCUAUGGAGAGACAUCGACAUGAACAGACUACAUAUCAACCCAUCACAUGAGUUAAACUUUGUGAUAGUCUCACACGGUUUAACAUCGCGUGUCUUUCUGAUGAAAUGGUUCAAGUGGACCGUGGAACAGUUUGAGGCACUGAACAAUCCAGGGAACAGCGAGAUCAGAGUUAUGGAGCUAGGACAGGGCGGUGACUACAGCUUGGCGAUUCAUCACACUGAGGAAGAGUUGGAGAAAUGGGGUUUGUCUCCAGAGAUGAUCGCGGAUCAGAAAUGGCGUGUUAACGCGCAUAAAGGCGAGUGGAAAGAAGAUUGUAAAUGGUAUUUUGGUGAUUUCUUUGAUCAUCUGGCUGAUUCUGAUAAAGAAUGUGAGACCGAGGCGGCCACUGAAGAAGAAGAACAACAACAUGAGGAGGUGGAAAACAAUCUGCUAACGAACUCAGAAGAUAUCAAUGAGGAGGAGUUAUGCAAUGGACAAUGCAGCUGAUGAGUUUACAGAACAAAAGAUUUGAGAUUUGAUUUUGAAAAUUUGUAUACCACUUACUGAUGAAGUUUUGUAGCUUUUGGUUUGUGGGAAAGUGUUGUACAAACCUGUGUGUGGUCUAUAGAUACACAGAAACAUUACAGGAACUUUGAAGAAGAUCCUUUUAUUAUGUCAAAGCAUUUGUUUUUUGUGAAGGUUAUUUUAAGGAA